AUCGAAAUCAGCCUGAACGGAAAUCCCCAAAUUCCAUCAAAGCAUCAACACAGAAGCCGUCCCGUCGGGUCCAUAUUUCCUGUCUCUAAGUCCUCUUCCAUUCGUUAAUUCCGCUCCUCCCCUGAAGCUAUUCCCGGCUCAGCCAUUUCUUAACCCGGACACCAUCUCAUUAAGCUUCGCUCGGGUGCUGCCCCUCAUCUGGAUAGCUUCACUGGAAUCAUUACUAUUCGUCCAAUGCCAUGCAGAAUUGUCUAGUGGCAUCUCGGUCGUGUACCUUAAUCAAGGAUCUGGUGGCGGGGUCACAGUCUGCAAGGAUGAGCUCCUCUGAUCCGGUACGCAAGGGGGCUUUCUGCGGAGUAUGAUGCUCCGGAUAAACAUUGCGGAAUGGUGAUUUUCAUUUAUCGUGCUGUCAUACCUCUUCAAAGAAUUUUGAUAUAUUGUAGGUGUCUGCUCUCAUAUUUCCGUCUGGUUGUCCACUGCCCAAUUGCUCAUUCCGAAGCUUUUUGUUUCAAUCCGCCCCUCCCACAAACUCGGGAGGACUCAAUGAUGCAAUUCCUAGCUUUAAGUCUUCUUGCUGCGAGUGCGGUUGUUUCUGCCGCUCCCGAAAACAACAACCAUGGGGGAGGUUCCAAGUCCCAUUCUUGGAUAAGAUACUUUGACAAUCUGGUAGCUUUCGGGGACAGGUGAGUACCGAAUGCAACGAAAAGCACGAACUCAAUUGAUCCAUGUACAGCUACACAGAUGAAAGUCGAUUGGGCUAUUUCAUCAACAACAAUGGCACAGCACCUCCACCAGGGCUCUUACUCCCCCCGAGCACAUCGACACCCGGCGGAGGCAUCACGUGGGAUCGCUGGGUAUCCAAUUACACAGGAGCAAAGCUGUACAACUAUGCCGUGUCUGGAGCAGUCUGCGACAACAACAUCAUAUUCCGAUAUCUCGCUUCGAUAUUUGGGCCGUUUCCUGAUGUUGUGUACGAGGUUGAUGCGUUCAUUGCGGACACGAAGUUCGUCAAUGCCACCACUAAGAAGAAUACGCUGUAUCCGAACCGAUAUGAGGAUAAUACUGUCUACUCGAUGUGGAUCGGAACAAACGACCUUGGAAAUGGGGCUUUCUUGACAGACAGUAGCUUGCAGGGAACGACUAUCCCAGAUUAUGUUGACUGCAUUUUCGACCGAUUCGAUGAGAUCUACAAGAAUGGAGGGAGGUACUUUGUCUUAAUGAACACUGCUCCGCUUGAGCUGUCGCCUUUGUAUGGUUUACCUGGAAAGGGAGGUUUGGCAGCUAGCCAUUACUGGCCUGACAAGCCAGCAAACAUCACUGAAGUGAGCUACAAAAUGAAGGAGUACACCAACCUCGUCAACUCCAUCUUCGACUACCGCGCAGCCUUCGAAAUCAAAAUCGCGAAACGGUACCCAGGCGCCUCCAUCGCAGUCUUCGAUGUCCACAGACUUAUGACGGAUAUCUACAACAACCCAAAGAAAUACCUGUCUUCGCCUGCCAACGUCGAAGGCCAGUAUUAUCUAUGCGAUGUUGCGACGGGAUCGAAGUGCACCACGAGCAGUCUGAGCCUGGACCACUUCAUGUGGUAUGACGAGUUGCAUCCGAGUGAGCGGACGGAUCAGGUUAUCGCGAAGGAGUUUGAGAAAGUUGUAAAGGGAAAGAGUAGUUAUGCUACGUAUUGGUAAAUCCGUCUGGAUAUUUGGAUUCGUAUAUAAUAAUUUAUCUGGCAUCUAAGUUUUGUGUUUGUUUGUUGUUAGUUCUCCG